AUGUCUGUCAUCUUCCUUUGCUUAUUUGUCUUCAGGUACCUCCGCCUUGUCGGUCAUCUUUGGUCUUUCUGGGUCUUGUACAAACCUUCGCCAAUCCCGAAGAAGCCCAGUUAUCACCCGGCGGAUUGCAGUGUGAUCCUUCCCACGGUCGACCCAACUAACCAGGACUUCCAGGAGUGCAUCACCUCCUGCCUGCGCAAUGGUCCAGGGGAGAUCAUCAUCGUCACUGUGGGCGAUGCACUAACCAAGCUGACCAAAGAGACUGUGGCCCCAUUCAAGAACAGCUUUCCGGAUACGCAGAUCUUGGUGGAAACUACGGAUAUGGCUAACAAGCGUGUCCAGGUCGCCCAUGGCCUUCAAUUCGUUCAGACAAAGAUCACGGUUCUCCUCGAUGACCACGUUUUCUGGCCUGCACGCUUCCUCCGGACGAUCCUCGCCCCAUUCGAAGAUCCCAAGGUCGGUGUUGUUGGAACAAACAAACGGGUUCGUCGGACAGAUACUGGCUUCAACAUCCGGUCAUUCUGGAAUAUGAUUGGCGCCCUGUAUCUGGAACGUCAUAACUUUGAAAUCCGCGCCACCAAUGCUAUGGACGGUGGAGUAUUCGUCAUCUCAAGCCGCACAUCGGCACAUCGCUCGGAGAUCCUCCAGGACCCCGACUUCAUCGCCGGCUUCACGAAUGAGCGCUUCUUUUUCGAUCUUUUCGGUCCUCUCAACGCUGACGACGACAACUUCAUUACUCGCUGGGAGGUUAGACACGGUUGGGAUAUCAAGGUACAGUACUGCGACGACGCUCUAAUUGAGACCACACUCGGAACAUACCCCAAGUUCAUCUCCCAGUGCCUGCGCUGGGUUAGAACUACCUGGCGCAGCAAUUCAGCGAGUUUGUUUACUGACCGGACAGUCUGGACCCGACAGCCUUGGUGCGUCUAUGCCGUUUACAUCACGUCGUUUGUCAACUUCGCUUUGUUCUACGACGGUGCACUGGUAUACAUCUUGCUCAAAAGCCAACUUGGAAACCCAAAGUCUCUGAACUAUCUUGCGGCCUGGAUCUUCUGCACCAAAAUGGUAAAGCUGACGCCCUAUUUUCUUCGUGAACCCCAGGACCUGGUCAUGCUUCCGGGCUACUUCCUGUUUGCUUACUUCCACAGCUUCAUCAAGCUGUACGCCGGGCUGACCUUUGGAGUGACUGCAUGGGGUGGAAGGAAUUUGGCUGACGUUAACAAGGACUCCGAGACGGACAACGAUGAUGAGAAGAAGAGUGGUUGA